AUGGCGAACGAUUAUGAUGACUCACUACCACAAGAUUCUAUCACACUUCUGAUAACAGAGGCAAACAACAAAAAGAUUCAUUCCAUCAUCGGUGCUGAUGCCAAUGCACAUCAAGAAAUGUGGGAAAGAAACGAUACCAAUGAGCAAGGUUUUAUACAGCCGGACAAAUACAGUUGUGAUCAAUUGACAGAACCAGUUGAUGGUGUAUAUCAAUUCGCAACAGUUGACUCAAAUAAAAAUGGACGUAAUUUUAACAAACGUUUUUGUUACUUUGCAAUAGAUGGUAGGGCAUGGACCGUAAUACAGAAUCGUGUUUCUUAUGAUAAUUCAGAAAAUUUUAAUCGAUCUUGGGUUGAUUAUCGAGCUGGUUUCGGCAGCUUAUUUGGGAACUUCUGGUUUGGUAAUGAAUUUAUAUACCGCCUGUGUGAUUCUUGUGAUUGUGAAUUACGUAUAGAAAUUGAGGACUUUAAGAAUGAUAAUAUAUGGGCAGAAUUAAAAAAGUUUAUUUUACAAAGUGAAGAUUCACACUAUAGACUUGUCAUUAGUGGCUAUAAUGGUACUUAUAGUAAAUUGGGUAAUGAAUUAUUCGAAUAUGAAAAUAAUGAAUUCCAAACAUAUGAUCGUUGCAACAAUGGAACUCCAAAUGAAUGUUGUUCCUGUGCAAUUGUCUAUGGAAUUGGUUGGUGGUUUGAUAAUUGUUGUCAACCAAAUAUAAUGGAAGUUCCUCGUAUUUUUUCGCAGAAGAAAAUGAGAAUGAUGAUACGUCCAAAAUAUUGA